AUGUCUUUCCAAACCCCGUCCUCCAAAUGCUCAACCUACAUUGCUGGUCUCGGUCGCCUUGAUGGUUACCAGUACGCCAAUGGCGUUCAGCAAUACUGUGGAAUUCCAUAUGCGCGUCUCCCGAAGCGAUGGACGAGGUCGGUUCUCAAUACGGAGUGGGAAGGGGGCUAUCACGAUGGGACAAAGAUGGGAAAUGAUUGUCCCCAUCCUCUGAGCGAUGGGGAUGAUGCUGAUGACCUCGUUCCUGUUCCUCCACCACCGCACUUCUCGGAGCCUCGGAAGAUGGAUGAGUUCUCCGGCCUGGUCAUGAACAUCGUUCUCCCUGCGGCCCCUGUGGAAGGUCGGAAAUAUCCUGUAUUCCUCUACGUUCAUGGUGGGUCACUGCUAUACGGAGGUGCGAAUCUGCCCAUCUUUGACGGGGUCAAUCUCGUAUCGCACAGUCUCGCCAUUAAUCGACCCGUUGUCUGUGUGAAUUUCAACUACCGCGUGGGCUUGGGGGGUUUUCUGGCGUCGCAGGCAAUCAAGGACGAGCUUCGUGCGGAUGGAUACGAGGGCUGCGGCAAUUUUGGUUUCACAGAUCAGCAUGUCGCGUUCGACUGGGUCCAGAAAUACAUCGGGCAGUUGGGCGGAGAUCCGAACGAAGUCACUGCUAUCGGGGAAUCGGCCGGAGGUAUUUCGAUCUCGAAUCAACUGGUUGCUGCAAAACCGCCCGUGUUUCAUCGCGCAGUCUGCAUGUCAGGUCUGGCUGCGGGCAUUCCUCCCUGGACUAUGGAGCAGCACGAAGAGCUGUUUCAGGCGGUAUGUCGGCAUUUCAACAUCGAUCCGUCUACCGCGGACGUGUUGGAUCAGUUGCGUGCUAUUCCGCAGCAAGUCCUAGCUAACGCGACGCCUGCCAUCCAAGGCGUGCUUGCGGGGACCGGAAACCCCUGUAUGGAUGGGUGGUUUUAUGCAGAAGGGAUUGAUCCAAGGGAGGUCCAACCCCCUCCGCAAUGGCUCCGAUCAUUCAUGCUCGGCGACGUGUACCAUGAGGGAAUCAUCUUCCAUAUCAACCUUCUUGAGGACAGCUAUGACUUGAUCCGAAACACCCUGCUGGAGUACGUCAAGGAUCAAGACGAGCUCGACACGAUCCUGAAAGCAUACAACGUCACCCCUGAGCUCGACCAUAAUCUGCUCUUGGAGAGAGUAGAGCACAUGGUCGGCGACGCAGUCUUCAAGGUCAUCAAUUACGCAACGAUGCUUGUGUCCAAAGAGUUCCGCGAACAGAACAAGCUGUGGACAUACCACUUCGACCAACGAAGUCGCGUUAAAAACUCAUUCGAGGGAACCGCUUACCACGCGCAUGAGCUGCUAUAUCUCUUUGGGAACUUGGACAACGAGCUGAAUGAAGCUGAAAGACAUAUGGCACGGGAUUUUGCCGCAGCUUGGAUCCGGUUCGUUUAUGGGGAAGCGCCAUGGGAGGCCGAGCAGGUGCCUGAGGAAGGAUGGAAGUGGAAGGUAUGGGGGCCGGACAGUGCGCAGGCUGUCAAAACCGAGGAAGAGGAUGAGACGGCCAGAUCGUACACACGAAUUAAGAAAUUGCUUUCCAUGGGCAAUGGGGAGACAUGGAAACGAUGGUUCAAAGGAUCAGAUGCACUGGUUAACAAACGGAUGAGAAUGGGCAAGGGGAUAUCUCCCACUGCAUAG